AUGGUUAACUUUGUUUUAAAGGCAUCAGUCAGCGUUGAGAAUUCUAUUUCUUCUAAUCCCUCAUGGUCGCGAGUGCUUCGUGAUCGGUUGCUUUUCUCAGUAAUCGUCAAUGAUAUGGCAAAUGUCACAGUAACCAGCGCUGAUCAGCAGCUUAUAAACAAGUUUGCUCGACUUCAUCAGGAUUCCUCUCAAGUGAAGGAGGAAAUCAAGGAGUUGUCAAAUGAUUUGUUGAACAUCAAUGAAGCUGCUGAUGAGUUAAUGUUACUUGAGGACGAGGAUAGCAAAUCCAUACCAUUUCGGAUUGGACAGACUUUUGUGCAUUUUGAUGGCGAUACUAUGACAUCGAAACUGGAGCAACUGAAGGAGGAAACAGAGAUGAGGAUUAAUGACUUGACCGCUCGAAAUUCUGCAUCUCAGAAGGAAAUGGAGAACUUGAAAAGAGUACUUUACGCUAAGUUUGGAGAUCGUAUAAAUCUGGAAUCUGAAAAAGAUUCCUAGAUUCUUGUGCUCUUGCUGUUAUUGAUUAUAUAUGUACCAAUAUAUCAUAUAUGUACGUAAUAAAUGGUGAUUGUGCUCGCGUCUUGAUUCGUUAUCU